UUUCUCGAUGAGCUCAUAGUGUGGUCUCCAUUGCAACAUUUAGUCCCUCAGCUAUCAGUACUUCUUCUUCCUCAACUCCCAACUACAGACGAGCAGGUGGGACAUAAUUUCUUCAAUGAUCAAUUCUUCUUUAAAUCAAACAAUGAUUCUGCGAUUUUUCUGAAACCCUUAUAAACACAGAAACCUUCAAAAAUCGCAACCUCAAAAUCAAAAUCAAAAUCAACAAUGGAAACUCUCACUCUUUCUCUUAAUAAUGGCUUCCAAUCUCUGAAAUACAACGCCGAUUUCACAAAUUUCAGGUACAAAUCUCACCAUUACUUCAUCAUCUCCUCACAAUUUCGUUUCAAACCCUUACUUUCUCCCCUAAAUCGCCUCUCUCUCUCCUCCAAAUUCCGGAAAUGUACCGUAAACUCCGUCGCAUCUCAUGAUCAUCAUACUCAUGAUCAUCAUCACCAUGAUCAUGUACAUGAUCAUCAUCAUCAUCAGUGUGGUCAUCAUCAUCAUCACGGAGGUGGUGAAGUGAAGUUGAGCAAGUUUCAGGAAAAAGUGUUUGGAUUUGCGAAGGCGAUAGGGUGGGUGGAUUUAGCUAAUAUAUUGAGGGAGAAUUUGCAAUUGUGUUGUUGUUCAAUGGCGUUGUUACUUGCUGCUUCUGCUUCGCCUUAUUUAGUGCCUAAACCUGUGAUUAAGCCCUUGCAAAAUGCCUUCAUUUUCCUCGCUUUUCCUCUCGUUGGGGUGCCAGCAUCAUUUGAUGCUCUAAUCGAUAUUGCUGGUGGAAAAGUUAACAUUCAUGUCCUCAUGGCACUUGCUGCCUUUGCAUCAGUAUUCAUGGGGAACCCCCUAGAAGGCGGACUGCUUAUUGCUAUGUUUAAUUUGGCUCAUAUCGCUGAAGAAUAUUUUACAAGUCGCUCUAUGGUUGAUGUCAGAGAGCUCAAGGAGACUUAUCCAGAUUCUGCUCUUGUGCUGGAUGUGGACAAGAAUAAGACACCUACCUUCUCUUCUGUAUCAUACAAGAAGGUCCCUGUGACUGAAAUAGGUGUUGGCUCGUUUGUCUUGGUUCAAGCUGGUGAGUUUGUUCCGGUGGACUCUGUAGUAGCACAAGGAAGGUCAACUAUCACCAUAGAGCACUUGACAGGGGAAGUUAAACCUAUAGAAAGAGGUGUUGAUGACAGUAUUCCUGGUGGUGCCAGGAACUUGGAUGGCAUGCUGAUAGUAAAGGCUUCAAAGACUUGGAAGGAUUCAAUGCUUAACAGGAUAGUGCAGUUGACUGAAGAAGCUCAUCAGAACAAACCGAAGCUUCAGAGAUGGCUGGAUGAGUUUGGUGAAAGCUAUAGUAAAGUGGUUAUGGCUCUGUCAGUUGCAAUUGCCCUCAUAGGACCUCUUAUCUUUAAAUGGCCAUUUUUCAGCACACCAGGUUGCAGGGGAUCUGUUUACAGAGCUCUGGGACUUAUGGUUGCAGCAUCUCCAUGUGCCUUGGCUGUAGCUCCAUUAGCUUAUGCUACUGCAAUCAGUGCUUGUGCUAAGAAGGGGAUACUCAUGAAAGGUGGCCAUGUGUUGGAUGCUCUAGCUUCAUGCCACACUGUUGCAUUUGAUAAAACUGGAACACUGACGACCGGGGAGCUCAAGUAUAAAGCAAUUGAACAAGUUCAUGGACAUCGUAUUGGUUUUGAUAAUUCUGAAACUGCUGCUUGCUGUGUUCCAACUUGUGAAAAAGAAGCUCUGGCUGUAGCUGCUGCCAUGGAACAGGGUACAACCCAUCCUAUUGGAAGGGCUAUUGUUGAUCAUAGUAUGAGCCUAGACCUCCCUUCUGUCUCUAUUGAAGCUUUUGAAUCUAUACCUGGCAGAGGUCUUUUUGCGACAGUAUCCGGAAAUGAGUCAGGAAUAGGAAGAGGUGAACCAGUAAAAGCAACUUUGGGUUCUGUUGAUUAUAUCGCUUCACUUUUCAAGAGUAAAGAUGAAUCGCAGAAGAUUAAGGAAGCUGUGGACACAUCAGCCUAUGGAAAUGAAUUUGUUCAUGCUGCUCUUCUGAUGGAUGAAAAGGUGACAUUGUUCCAUUUUGAGGAUGAACCACGACCUGGAGUUGUUGAUGUCAUUGGAUGGUUGCGAGAUCACAGAAAGUUUCGGGUUAUGAUGUUAACUGGUGAUCACAAAUCAAGUGCUUUUAGAGUUGCGAAUGCUGUGGGCAUCACUGAAGUUCAUUUUGGCCUGAAGCCUGAAGACAAACUCAAUCACGUAGUGCGGAUAUCAAGAGAGACAGGCGAAAGCCUUAUUAUGGUUGGAGAUGGUAUUAAUGACGCUCCAGCACUGGCAGCUGCUGCUGUCAGUAUAGUAUUUGCUCAGCGUGCUAGUGCCACAGCCGUAGCUGUUGCAGAUGUGCUUCUGUUGCAAGACAACAUUUCAGGAGUUCCAUUCUGUAUAGCUAAAGCUCACCAGACAACUUCACUGGUGAAGCAAAAUGUAGCUCUUGCACUAUCUGCUAUUAUUUUGGCUGCUCUACCAUCUGUCUUGGGAUUUCUUCCACUUUGGCUAACCGUUCUUCUGCAUGAGGGUGGGACCCUUCUUGUUUGUGCCAACUCAAUACGCGCUUUAAACGAUCCCACGUGGUCUUGGAAGCAAGAUCUCCAUCAUCUGCUUGAUAAUUGCAAAGCCGUGACUACUAAAAUACAGCAACUAGUCCCCGUUUCAGGCACUAUUCAAACAGCAAAACAACAAUGAGAGGUGCCUUCUUGCUUUUGUCCUUCUGAAGCUCAUCAUAUAGUAGUGUAAAUGCUGAUCAUGUAUAGCAAUUUUGUACAUUAAGGAAGGUAUCAUUUAAAUAUAAACUAGAAUUAGGCUUCUUUCUCUGUCCUGCCCUUAUCUACUUUGACACUGAUGGUGCAUUUUUGUCAAGUCAAAUAUGUGUUAUUUCAAGAGGAGUCAUUCGUCCUUUCACGCGGACUAUUACUGUUUGAUCCUAACCCAUGAAACCGGAAAGUAUGAUACAUGUUCUUUGAUCUA